AUGCGCAUCUGGGGCGUUCGCAACUUGACUGUCGGCUCGCUGCUUGCUUUCAUAUGGAACUCUGGCGACGAGAAGCUGAUGGGCACAUCGUUGUGCGUUGUUGUGGCUUUGCCGGUUGUUGACGGGUUUGUUAGCCGGCUGCUGAUCGGAGGAGGCGAGCUUCAACACUGGGUGUUUCCGCCUGUGAUUGGGUUGCUCGCAGCCAGGCUAUUUGGCUGGCUCGAUUGA